CUGAAAUAGUAAUGGAAGCUCUUGAUAAACUCAGCAUUGAGGCAGACCCAAAGUACACUAAACAACUUGACAAAGAUGAGAUCAUCAUGUUUUCAGAGAAGUGUAAAAAAAUUUAAUAGGCACGGUGUCCCCCAGGACAGGAUCCUGGUUUUGAGCACUACACAUCUGUAUGUGUUUAAAUAAGCACAAGCAGUCUAGGAAGACCCAUAUAAUCUUAUUUGACUGUGCUAUUUUAAGAGCUCCUUCUGCUGAAGAUGAUUCUCAGAGUAAUGAAAUAGUUCUGCAUUGUCCCACAGAGUUUGACCAACGGUACGCAAUCGAUGGGAGGGAUAGCUUCUUGUCCGUCUUCCAACUCCGGUUUGCCAACAUGGAUCGAAAGAAUACAUUCAGAAUCUAUGAGGUUCCCAAUGACUUGAAAAUAUAUACAAUGACUCUGAAAGAUCCUGAGGAAUUUAGAACCCCUGAGAGGGAAAUAGCAGGCUCCGAUGAAUACAAGAAGGAAGAGGAUGAUUUCUAUAACUCUGAAGAAGACGAUGAAGAGAGCAAAACUAACUCUGAAUCUGAGCCAGAGGUAGCUGAUGAAAGGAGGUCCAAAUCUAUCGUUGGAAGUGUCCCAAAUGAGAACUCCAGGACUUCAGUCAACACUAUUAAGAAGACUCUUCUUGAGAAGGAGACUAGGUUCGACCCAGAUGACCUCGUGCAGAGAGAGUCAAUGAUGGUUUUUAGAUCUGCUGCUCAACCAAAACCUCUAACUUUAGAGGAUUUUGAAAUCACUGAUUUCCUUGGCCAGGGAACCUUUGGAAAAGUAUACCUGACUAAGCUUAAAAGUACUGGGGAGAAAUAUGCUAUUAAAUGAAUAGACAGGGAUAUUCUCAUAGAAUAUGACCAGGAGGAGAAUACCAAACUUGAGGAACAGAUCCUGCUAACCUGAGACCAUGAAUUCGUCCUUGGCAUGGACUUUGUCUUCGAAAAUAUAGAAACAAUUUAUUUUGUGAUGCCAUAUGUAAAGGGAGGUGAGUUGUACAAGCAACUUAAAUAAAGUCAAGAGAUUCCCAGAAGAAGUUAUCAAAUUCUAUGCCAUCCAACUUAUCAUGGGAGUAGGCUACCUUCAUGAUAAAGGUAUCAUACAUAGAGACCUGAAGCUUGAGAAUAUUCUGAUUGAUGAAGAAGGCUACCUUAAAAUCAUCGAUUUCGGAUUGGCAAAAAUCUUAAAAAGUGAGGAGGAAACUAUGACUUUCUGAGGUACUCCUGAGUACCUAGCUCCUGAGGUGAUUGGCAACAAAGGUCACCACAGAGCAGUUGAUUGGUGGGCAGUAGGAGUCUUGAUCUACGAGAUGCUUGUAGGGGUGACACCUUUUUACAAUAGAAACCGAAACAAGAUGCUAGCCAAAAUCCAACUUGCCAAAGUAGUAUUCCCAGAUAAAUCAAAGUAUAAAAUAGAGUACAGUGAUGAAAUCAAGGAUUUUAUCUGCAUGCUACUUGUUAAAGACAAGGAUAAAAGACUAGGCACCGAACGGGAUAAAGAAGAGAUCUUCGAGCAUGAUUGGUUCAAAGAUAUUGACAUUGAUGAGAUUAUGAACAAGACUGCUAAACCUCCGUUUAAGCCCUAGAAUAAUCUGCUAGCCC